AUGCAAGCCGCUGGCACUACCACUGACUAUCCUAAGAUGAACUACGGCGCUGGAAACAAAUGGAUUAAGCACCUCACGCAGGGGCGCCUUGGUACAUUCAACGGCGGACACUACGCAGACGCCAAUCUUGCUUCAGUCUUGUAUACUCAUCGGAUCGAUGACUCGAGCUACGUGAAACUACAAGUGUGGAGCGCUCCGGGGCUCGAAAAGCCGAUGUUCGAGGAGGCGAUAAAGCAGAAGUUCAGGUCGGCCAAGAAGGGCGACUCGUUUGGACCCUCAUGUACGUGUAGCACUACGUGUACAAACCACUGGUGGAAGGUUUCUCUUACAAUCCCAGCUUAUUGGGCGCAGUAUGAACGCGUGCAGUUCGAGUUCGACCCGGGGUGCGAAGCCAUGGUUUUCACCACAGACGGUGUGCCUUUGCAGGGCAUUACCGGCGGCUAUGGUGGUGACCGUCGCGUUGAGCACAUCAUACCGCGCGAGGCAGUCAAGGCAGGAAAGUACGAGGUCGUCAUUGAGUCCUCAUGCAACGGCAUGUUCGGAGUGCCCUGGAACGGCGAUACGAUUGAACCCCCAGACAUGAACCGCUACUUUUCGCUUGCCUCGGCCGAUCUUGUGGUCCCCAACCAGGAGGCAUGGGGGCUUUGGCAUGAUUUCACAACACUGCGCGAGAUAUCGGAGACGCUUCCCGGUAACACGUCUCUGCAGAACCGCGCGCUUGUCGCUGCAAAUGCAAUCAUGAACGCGUUUGACAAGCACGAACCAACGAGCGUUUCCCGUGCUCGCGCGAUUGCCGCGGAGGUAUUCGGCGCGGGUUGGGAAGAGAAGGGUGCGGCGGUCUAUGAAGAAGGCGUACCGAAGGGCGAGGAGAGCAUCUGGGGCGUCGGUAAUUGCCAUAUUGACACUGCAUGGCUCUGGCCGUACCGCGUCACACAGCAGAAGGUCGCGCGGUCGUGGGCAACUCAGGUGGACUUGAUGGAACGUUAUCCUGAGCAUCGCUUCGUCGCGAGCCAGGCACAACAAUUCAAGUGGCUUGAACAGCUGUACCCACCGCUUUUCGAGCGUGUCAAGGAGAAGAUAACGUCCGGCCAGUUCAUCCCGAUCGGGGGGUCUUGGGUGGAGAAUGACGCGAACAUGCCGUCUGGAGAGGCGCUCGCGCGGCAGUUUAUUUUUGGGCAGCGGUUCUUCGAAACCCGCUUUGGCAAGCGCUGCGAGACGGCCUGGCUCCCUGAUACGUUUGGUCUGACUGGGGCACUACCGCAGCUGAUCCGAUUGGCGGGAAUGAAGUACUUUUUCACUCAGAAGCUCAGCUGCAACGUCUUCCCUCAUUCCACGUUCAAUUGGGUCGGUAUUGAUGGCUCGCAGGUAUUAUGUCACAUGACCCCUGUCGACACGUAUACUGCGCAGGCCACAGUUGGAGAUGUCCAUAAGGGCAUCACAAACCACAAGAAUCUGGAAUCAUCUGACACAUCAUUGCUUGCGUUCGGCAAUGGGGAUGGUGGGGGUGGCCCUCUCGCAAAGAUGCUUGAGAACUUGCGGCGUAUCCGAGCGGUGUCCAACGUUUCGCGCGAAAUUCCGCCAGUCAGCAUGGGCCGGUCCGUUGAUGACUUCUUCCAGACAAUUGAGAAGAAGUCGGAUGAAGGCAACAAGCUACCAAAUUGGAGUGGCGAGCUCUACUUGGAGUUCCACAGAGGAACCUACACAUCGCAUGGCUCGAUAAAGAAGGGGAACCGCAAGUCGGAGAUUCUACUCAGAGAUAUCGAGAUUCUGGCAACCUUAGCUUCCCUGUACCGAUACCACAAGAAGGAUUAUGCGUAUCCAGAUGCAAAGAUCAACGAGUGCUGGGAGAAGGUUCUAUUGAAUCAAUGUAAGGAGGUUCAUAUCUCGUCUGGUAUGGUCUACGAGGAUGCCGAGAAGCUCUACGCAGAGGUGCGCAAAGAAGGCGAAAAGCUUCUUGAGGAAGCAUUCGGCGCUCUCUUCCCGAAAUCCAUCCCCGUAUCUCCCUCCACGCAGAUCCCCAAUAAGGCAGGACGUCUCAUUGCCUUAAACACUACUCCAUUUGCCCGACGUGAUGUCAUUAAGGUACCUUUGGGUGGCAAUGCCCGGAUCAAGAACCAGGUCGUGCAGGCCUCGAAGGACGUAAAGACAGGUUAUGCUCUGAUGGAAUCUGAAUCUGAUGGGAAUGGAAAUCUAUCAGUCUCGACAGGUUUGUACGCAGACUGUAUGCCGGUUUCAGUCUUCACGAAUGGAUCCGACCACUUCGUGCUGCGUAACUCAAGCGUUCAGUUGACAAUAACACAAGGGAGGAUCACCAGCCUGCGCGACGUCGCUCUUGACCGCGAACUCAUUCCUUCAGGACAGAGCGGUGGCCUUGUCAUAUUUGACGAUAAGCCCAAUUACUGGGACGCAUGGGAUGUUGAGAUACACCACCUCGAGACGCCUCAUCAACUCGAGUUUGGGGACAUCUCGGUUGUCGCUGAGGGGCCGUUACGUGCGUCCAUCAAGUCAGUUGUCAAAUACAGACAGAGCACCAUUGAUGUCACGAUUUCUUUGGAUGCAAUUACGGCAUCCAAGAAGAAAAAUUCACGGUCCAUGUUCGUCUUCGAUGCGGUUGUGGACUGGCACGAGAAGCAUGAAUUCCUGAAGUUCGAGCUCCCGCUUAAUAUCCGCAACGACAAUGCCACAUACGAGACUCAGUUCGGCUUUGUUCAACGGCCUACGCACAAGAAUACCACAUGGGACAUGGCUAAGUUCGAAGUGUGCGGUCACAAGUAUGCGGAUCUUAGCGAGUUUGGUUAUGGUGUCGCUCUACUAUCUGAGUCAAAGUAUGGUUUCUCUUGUAGAGGAAAUGUUCUCUCCAUUUCGCUUCUGCGUGCCGCUACUGCUCCCGAUGCCAGUCAGGAUCAAGGGACGCAUGAGUUCUCUUGGGCAGUCAUGCCUCACAAGGGACAUUUCCUGGAGUCUGAUGUGCCACAAGCGGCGUAUGUGUUCAAUUCUCCGCUCCAUGUCCGCUACCUACUCGACGAAGGAGUGGAAGCUCCGUUGCUCAAUGCAGAACCGCCAUUCAAGCUGGAGGGAGCAAGCAACGUCUUUCUCGAGACAGUGAAACGUGGACUUUAUGAUGAUUUCAGCCCCAACUCCGAGCCAGCGUCCGUAGUGACUGUGGUGCUGAGGCUCUAUGAAGCGUUUGGGGGGCAUGCACACCCGAAACUCAAGUUUGCCAAACAUGUACCUGUCUUGAAAGUGUUCACGACAAACCUGCUGGAGGACGAAGAAUUACAGUUGAACAUGUUCAAAGAUGAGGACAAACUGACUGUCGUGAAGUUGGACUUCCAUGGAUUUGAAGUCAAGACUGUCAAAAUUAUCCUUGGAAAGCCGCAUGUGGGUGCUUCAGGGGCCACGAUAAAGCGAGACAGCUGGGUGACCAUUGAUGAUGAGUGUCUUUGAAGAAUGAUACAUUGCUUGAGUUUCGCGUUGUACGUUUCGUAUCCAUUGGCCUUGAGCCUGAAUGGCGUGUCUUGUGUAUGAACCGUUGUUGUCAUUAUCAAGGAAUUAUAUCAGAA